AUUAAUCCGUCUCUCCUUCCCUCCAUUACUUCAAACAUACAAAACUUUCAUAGAGAGAGAGAGAGAGAGAGAGAGAGAGAGAGAGGAAAGAAUGAGUUGUGAGGAGGACUUCGAUUGCUGGGAUACAAAAUUCUUAGAAGAUGCCAUUAGGGUAGAAGAAGAAUUCAUAUCUAAAGCUUCAAAAAACCCUACUCAAUAUUUUAAUCAAAAUCAUCAUCCUCCUCCACCACCACCACCGCAACCAUCAUCAUCAUCUUAUAGGAAUAAAUCCACUACUGAUUAUGGCUUUUCACCGCCUAGAGAGUUCUCUCAGAAACCCUUUUCAAUACCCACACAUCAACCCUCAAUAAAACCCACACAUCAACCCUCAAUAAAACCUACACAUCAACCCUCAAUAAAACCUACACAUCAACCCUUAACAAAUCCCACACAUCAAAUACCCAUUCUUGUAAAUGAUGAAGAAGAUGAACUAGAGAUUGACAGAUUAAAGAAAGAAUUAGGACGUGUUUCAGAGCAGCUUAGUAAUAAGGAGCAGGAAUGUGCGGAGAUUAAGAAGGACAGGGACCAGAAAGAGGAGCAGCUGAAAAAUGUGAUGGUACAGAUUGCAGCAAAAGACGCCGAUGAUAACCACCAUUUGAUGAAUGCACGCACGGAAUGCACAUCUUGUAAUCAAGACCAGUCUCCUAUUACUCCGUGGAUUGGAUCUAAAUAUCUACUAUCAGAGGCCAUCUCUAAAAGCGUUCCUGAUCAAAGAGCAUAUGACCCUUCACCCAAUCAACAACCAUGUGAAAACAACGGUGUCACAAAGAAAAAUAACACUCUAAGUGGAUCUUCUGUACCAUUUAAUUCUCGGCAUCCCAUUUUGAUUGAUAGUGAUCCGACAACUUCCAAUGAUCGCUCCAUUAAGACAUCUUUUAUCCCCGAGACAUCAACACUGCCAAAGUGUACUACUUCCGCAGGAGUUCAGACAGAUAUAAUCGAAUACCAUUCUACAAUAAAUGUAGCCUCAUGUUCUGGACAGACUUUUUCAAACAAAGUGGUGGAGAUAUGGGGAUCUUCAAGAAGCCAUAGAUCAGAACGAAAUCUAGUGUCCAGAUUGUUAGUGACUUGUGCGAAGGAUUUUCACGUUCUCUUCGGGUGCAUGAGCUUGAGUUUUUUAUCCAAAAUAACACUAGGCUCUGUGGGAGAAGAAAGUGGUGACAACAAGAACUCCGUGCAAUCAGUUGAAGCUUCCAAAGUUUCUCGUGUAUACAUGAUGUUAACCAAGAUGAGUAAUGGGAUGGUUAAGCCAGCUACUUUCUUUGAAGCGUUACUUGAACUCUGUAGUCUUCAAAAUGUUGUUGUUGUCCAUAGAUCGUUGUGUAUAGUUCGUGUAAUUUUGCAACACAUGUGGAGUUUGGAUUCAAGAUCUGAUUCAAGGGAUAAUGUCAUGGUCAAAGGCAUUUGCCUGAAGGACAAAAUGGUAGAAUCCAUGGAAUCUGGAAGGAUGCACACAAGAACUCAAUUUGGACUUCCUGGCUGUGCGAGUUCAAACUUUUCACCUGAUUGGGGUUCAGUCAUUCAACAAAUGAAUCAGAUCGCGUCACGGAACAGAGAAGAACAAAUACAAGUUGUAGCAAUAUCUGUUAUGAAUCUGAUUGUUACAAGAAGCAACCCUUGCUUGGAGACAGAAAGGUUUGGACAGAAAUUAUUAUUUGAAACUGUCCCAAAGCUGCUGCAUAAAGAAGUUGGCAUGCCUGUGCAAAACCAAGCCUUGCGUCUUUUGUUCCUACUUUUAAAUUGCCCAAAACUUUUGAUGAUAUUCUCCGCUGGUAUUAAAGACGGGACAGAGAAUGAAUGCGAAAGUUGUGCAGGUCUUAGCAGUAUCCUUAAGGGCUUGGCGGAUUGUGUACAGUGCAAAGAUAAUGGUCUAGAGGCCCUAAGGAUUCGUAGGCAUGCAAUCGUCGUGUUGGCUUUCAUAGCAUCUUCUGGAAAUUUGGGCUUCGAGGUGUUAUUUAAUCCAGAGACAUCUAAACGGAUCAAUUUUCUGGGUAUGAUUGUGCAAGCAUUGGCUGCAGAGGUGGAUGCAGAAGCAACAGAGUUGGCCGGAGCGGCAGAAAUUUGUAAAGAAAGGACCUCACUUGUAAGAGAGUCCCUGAUUCUUCUGAACAGAUUGGCAUCAAGUACCAUUUACUCAGCCACUGUCUUGGGAAUCCUGACAAGCAGCCGAGAUAUGGCAAGCUUGACCACUGAUGUUGCAUAUAGAAUUUCCAAGAGAGGCCGAAUGAGUUCCAUCUCUGCCGUCAUGAAUACAACAAAAUUGGAUGCUGAGAUAAAUGACUUAGCCAGGGUUUUCAGAUCAAGAGUUCACUCCUACUUGGGUAAUACCAGGUGAUUUUGGCAGUAGGUCUGAUCAGCAGACCAUGAUCGAGUUUUUUCUGUUUUGUAUCACCAGGUGAGAUCAGAAAUCUCAACUAAAAGCAGAUAUAAGAUCGGUCGAUGUUCGUUGAGGGUUUUGAGAAGACUCUUUGAAGAUUUGACUGUAGACCUUCAACGAUUUUGGAAGGUUGUUUUUGCGGUAAAUACCUGCCAAUUGUAUAAUUCUUGGAAAGAGGAAGUUAUUUUACUUCAAUCUGUAAGGCAAAUUUUGCGUUACCCUGUUUUUGUCUGCAGAUGAGGAGACCAAUUUGUAUAUAAAUUGAACUAUUGAGAUCUGAAUGGAUUUGGAAGUCGGUUGUACCUCAAUUGCUUAAUUUAAUAUAGUGAAUCUCCUUGUAAGAAAUAAGAA